AAAUCUCUGCAAGCUAUAAGACAUACAGAAGACAGUUUAAGUAAUUUCUAUCAUGUUGAUUCAUAGAGUGGCGUGGUUUUUAUUCAUAUGGGACAUACACAUCUCUGGUUCUGAAACAUCUGAUGAGCUGAUUGUAAGCCCAAGCAACGUACAGGAUGGAGGAACUUUUACUGUGACAUGUGACGCGUCACGUGCUGGUGUUCCAACAACUGUCACUACUAUAACACAACUAUGUAUUUCGUGGAAGCAUAGAUUUUAUGACGAUCAUUCAAGUUAUGCAACAUAUUACACUUAUAAAAACCCUAACAAUAAUUCGUAUCCGCCAGAUACAUCUCCUCCAAGGAACUGGACUUUUAAUUUCUCUGGAAGCCAACAAGGAACAUCAGAUAUACCAAACAACAGGAACACAAUGAAAAUAGAAAUCAUGGUCUACGAUGCUGCAUGUACAGAUUUUGGCUAUUAUUCUUGUAAUGCUACAUACAUGGAUCUAAAUAAUAAUAUCGAAACGUCAAAAUAUCAGCAACAAUAUCUUUCCAUACGCACAAAUAAAAUAGGCUUGGCGUACAUGAGUUUAAAUCCGCAGAACCAGGAGGGAUACGGUAUAUAUGAGUCAUUCAAUCCUGUAGGAUCUUAUGUUACACUAAAAUGUACAGUAUGGGGUCCUAAAGAAUUGAGUAUCAAUUGGAAAUUCGGCAACGCUGAUUACGAUAUUAGACAUUUUACACCAUUGAAUGGCACUGAUGCUUUGAUGUUUGGUGAAACUGAUCCUUCAUGUAUGUUGUACAUGUAUAGGUCGGAAAUCACGUUUCAAACAGAAUAUCGAUAUGACGGCUAUAUGUAUGUGUGUGUUGUGACAACGAACAACAAAGAGUUAACUGUUGGAAACAUGACGAUAUAUACGACAAAGGCUAUUGUUAAUCCAACUGUGAUCCAGGAAGGAAAAAAAUUUACUGUGAUAUGUGAUGCAUCACGAGCUGGUGUACCAACAACUGUUUCCUCUAUUGAUUCGUUGUCGAUUGAUUGGUCAAACGGGACAGGAGAUCCAGUAACGUUUGCUAGUAACCAAAUCCAUUCACUGCCUUACGAUGUUUCGUUUUUGCCAGAAAAAAAGAACUGGAGUUUUGCAUUCUUUAGAGGUCUAAAUGACACAUCAAACUGGAAUACGAUGAAAAUAAAAAUCCUGGUAGAAGAAGCUAAAUGUUCAGAUGCUGGCUUGUAUUUGUGUACCGCGAACAAAUAUUAUACAUACAAUAAUAGUUUUUCACUAUCACGGAAUCAAAGCGUCAUAAGUUUGAGUAAGAUGUCAUUAAAUCUGUAG